GCGCACCACCGUGGUUUAAUUAUUUAUUUGACUGCCUAUGGGGCAAAGUUCACGUUUUCCGAGGUCCGCAGAAUCCAAUCGUCCCUCAAGCAUCCUGACCAAAAGCAUGGAGACAGUCCAGCCCAAUACUGGCCAUCUCCAAGAUCAAGUGUUCUGUACGUUGGAGGAAGAAAGCAGCCUUUACUUCACUUACAGUGGCAAACCCAACCUCCUCCAAGUACAGGACCUUAGUUAUGAGGUUAAUACUGCAGCACAGAUCCCCUGGUAUGAAAAACUGGCAGAACUACAAAUGCCAUGGGAAUGGAAAAGUUCAGAUGGACAAAUAGUAGCAUUGAAAAAUCUAAAUCUUAAGGUCAGAAGUGGGCAGAUGUUGGCUAUCAUAGGGAGUUCUGGAUGUGGGAAGACAUCUUUACUUGACAUCAUCACCUGUAGAGACGAAGGAGGGAAAAUCAAAUCUGGAAAAAUUUUGAUCAAUGGAACACCAGUCAACAAGCAACUGGUUAAAAAGUGUAUUGCACAUGUGCGACAAGAAGACCGAUUAUUACCCUACCUCACUGUAAGAGAAACAUUCACAUUUGUUGCAAAGUUACGUCUUCCAAGAGACUUCUCUGAAGAACAGAGAAAUAAAAGGAUAGAGGAUGUUAUAGCAGAACUCCGGCUGAGACAAUGUGCAAAUACUAAAGUUGGGAAUUACUUCACUCGAGGAGUCUCUGGAGGAGAGCGACGUCGAGUGAGCAUUGGAGUACAGCUUCUGUGGAAUCCUGGUAUUUUAAUAUUAGAUGAGCCCACAUCUGGACUUGAUAGUUUUACAGCACACAACUUGGUGAUGACUCUCUCGAGGCUUGCCAGAGGAAAUCGAUUGAUCUUAAUGUCAAUCCAUCAGCCACGGUCGGACAUAUUCCAUUUAUUCGAUCUGGUAGUCCUCCUUUCUUCAGGAUUAACAACAUAUUGUGGAGCAGCUAGGGAUAUGAUUCCCUAUUUUGCCUCCAUAGGAUAUCCCUGUCCAAAGUUUUGUAAUCCUUGUGAUUUUUAUGUUGACCUAACCAGCAUUGAUAGGCGUUCCAAGGAACAGGAGCAACUUACACAAGAUAAAGCCAACAGACUUGCUUCCAUAUUUUGGGAAAAAGUCAUGGACACAGAUGAUUACACUUGGAAAUCUAAUACCUGUCAUACCUCUCCAAAUAUGAACAACACUAUAAGUGCCCCCCUGACUUCUGACGCGAUCAUUCACAUUAAAACAGAAACUAUGGACAAACUAGCUGGACACUUCAGACAGUUUUUCUGUCGACAGAUUUCUAAUGACUUCAGAGAUUUGCCAACUCUAGCUGUCCAUGGACUUGAGGCACUUUUGAUGUCCUUACUGAUUGGGUUUUUAUACUACAGUGAAGACGGCAAAACAUUAUCCAUCCAGGACACAGUAGCAUUGUUGUACAUGAUUGGAGCUCUAACACCAUUUGCAGUUGUUUUAGAUGUUAUUGCUAAAUGUCAUUCAGAAAGGGCAAUGCUUUACCAUGAGCUGGAGGAUGGGAUGUAUUCUGUCACUUCCUAUUUUUUUGCUAAGCUUUUGGGAGAACUCCCCGAACACUGUGCUUUUGUAAUAAUCUAUGGCGUGCCUAUCUACUGGAUAGCAGCUCUCAGACCUGAGGCCAGCCCUUUCGUCUUGAACUUCCUGUUGGUGUGGCUGCUGGUUUAUUGCAGCAGAGUAAUGGCUUUGUGGGUCUCGGCACUUCUCCCAACACUGCAGUUAUCUUCGUUCAUGGGAAACACCCUUUUCACAAUUUUCUACUUGACGGGAGGCUUUGUCAUUAGUCAAAAUAUGUGGACAGUCGCUUCUUGGUUUUCCAAAAUAUCCUUCCUUCGAUGGGGAUUUGAAGGUCUUAUCCAGGUUCAGUUCACGGGACAUCCUUAUUUUGUUAUGAUAGGAAACCUUACCAUUCCAAUCAAAGGGACAGAUAUAAUUGAAUCUAUGGACAUGGAUUCAGAACCACUGUACAUGUGCUACAUCAUCCUAAUAGCCAUAUGCAUUGGAUUCCUGAUACUCUACUAUGUUUCAUUAAGGUUUGUCAAGCAGAAAUCAAAUCAGGAUUGGUAAAAUACAACUAGCACAAUUCUUUCAGGCUCUGUACACAUAGAGGAUCAUGAUUUCCUUCCUCCAAUCAGAGAUCUUCGGGGAGUUGAGGAUAGUGUAAGUUGGACACCUGUCGGUGUUGUAUUGGCUCUUGACAUUGUAUAAAAUUGUACAGGAACUAUCUGAUGAUCGCCUGAAAUAUCACAGUCAUUAUUUUGAAUUGCCCUGCUCUGCAUUGAAAACCAAUGACCCUUUCAGUACACUUAUAUGGAUUCAAAUUCAGUAACUGACUCCAUUGUAUAAUCAGCCAACAUUUAAUUGGAGACAUGAGAACAGGAUGGGUGACUGGCUGAAUUAGGUACUUGUCUGUUGCAACAGAAAGCAGUCCCGGACUGUCUCAACUUUCGGUGUUCUAUGCAUCCCACCAUUCACUACCCAUGCAUGGGACUGGCAGGACCAGCUGCUGGCCUGCAGGACGUUGGGCAGCACCUGAUCAGUCACCAGCCUGCAAGUGGCUGUGAAGUGGGUGAAAAGGAAGUGAAUGGAGGGAGGUGGAAGUCAGGGGCAGGAGUGGCCUAAACUUGUGCAGCUUAAAGGAGCAUCUCCUCUGUCCUGGCCCUGGAAGAAGAGUACCCUGAACUGGCUACUUGGCAUGAAAUCUGGUGCUGCUUCCUUGCUCAGGUCACUGCUAAAAGAACAACCGGGUCAUAAUGACCAUGUGUCAAAUAAACAGCCUACUGGUUUUACUGAUGAAUUGUAGUUGCUUUUCACUUGUCCCAAAGUCUGAAUCAAAAUCUCUGGCAGUGGGAUCUGGGUGGCUACAAACUGAGGAUUUACAGAGCGGAUUAAAAUCAUACCUUAAGAAUAGCUGCUUAAAUAGAGAACAUCAAUGCUUGCAAUAAUUAGUGCCUUCUGGAAACCAAGGGGGAGAUGGUAAGAGAGGACAGAGAGUACAUUGGAUUGUUGUGUCUCAAUCAAUCAGUGAUGCUUUAAUAUAUUGCAAUAUUUGUUAUAUGACAUUACACUAACAGAAAUUUGAUGUAGCUAUUUAGCUCCGUGGUAUAAAUAUUUUGUGUUAAUUUUUUUUCCAUGUUUACCAUUGGCGUUAAGAGCUCCUGUUAACACACCUGUUACGUGGAAGGUAGUAAAUAACAUCCUAUCCUUUCACAUUUCCAAAAUGUGACCAUUUAACAACAAUGUCAAUGGAAAAGUGAAAUGUCCAUGAUGAUACCAUACACCUGUGACAUUUAUUACACUCAGUGGAUAAUGUGAUUUUAAUCGAUGAACAACUCAUUUAUAUUAUAUAAAACUGCUCUGGUUGCAGCUGGGUGAAUGCCCACAAUUGGUCUGAGAAACUGCGGGCACAGCUGGGCAUUUCAUCACCACAGGGCACAGUUCAUCAUCAACUCUUAAAUUGUUUAGCUGAACCCAUAAUAAAUGCCAUACCCAAAGUUUCCUUCAUGACAUCGCUUAACCUUCAGUGAAAUUCAAAAGCCUUCAGGCAAAAGACUGUGAGAGAAAUACUUUCUUGAAAAUGGCUUUAAAGUGACCAAGAAAAAAGUUUUAUAAAUUACAUCCAGCAAGUCUAAACCUAAAUUGUGGGUCAUGCUACAUCGCUAUUUGUGCCAAGAUUACAUACAGUACUCCAUCAUCACUCUUCACUCAUCUCUCAUCAUUUUUUAUGUCCUUUGUAAGCUGAAAACUUACAGAUAUCAAUAAAACUUUUUUUUGUUGACUCUCAGAACAAAAGUGAAAAUAAAUAACUUUUGUAUUUACGAAAAGCUUACUUUUUACAGAAGCAUUUAAAGAUUUAUGUUUUGGAAUACGUAUGUAUUGCAGAUUUUCUAACAGUUGGGAAACAUACAACAGAUUGAUUGAAAAUGUGAGAUAUUAAUUUCUUUAAGACAAUAACUACCCAUAGAUGGACAAGAUUUCUCAAUGUUCCUCCUUUCUUUCCUGAAGAGGUUGAUUCACGUUCAGUGCAUCAUGGAAACAGGCCCAUUGGCCCACUAAGUCCACACUUACACUGGAUCUACAAUAAUCCCAUUUUAUUCUUCCCACAUUUCCGUCAGCUUCCCCCAGAUUCUACCAUUCACCACCAUGCUGGGGGUAAUUUACAGUGCAAUUAACCUACCAAACUACAAAUCUUUGGGUUGUGGGAGGAAGCUGGAGUACACUCUCUUUUUGGAGAUGGCUUUAGCCUGGACAUGAUUACAGAGAGAAUACGCAAAAUAGACUUUCAUGGAUUUACCUGCUGUGAAAUAUCUGUGCUGAAGCACCAAGCUCAGUGUGCAACUCUUGUUAGUGAGUAGUGCUGACAGCAUUAUCACAAACAAGAUUAUUUCAUUAUUCAGGUUGCAUUUGCUAUUGACAUGUAAUUUCCCAAAUUCACCUCUACCUCUGCCCAUCAGCUGCUAAAACCUUGUCUACGUCUUCCUUAGCUCAAGACUUGACUAAUCCAUUGUACACCAGGACAGCAUCUCUUGUUCUACCUCUCCUUGCCCCAUUAACUUGAGGUCAUCCAAAGCUCUGCUGCCUGUGACAUCAGAUCCACCCAUCAUCCCUACACAUGUUGACCUACGUUGACUCCUGUUAAAACGUGCACCCUAGUUGUCAAAUCCUUCCGUGGACUCACCUCGCUCUGUCUCUGCAAUCAUCGACCGUCACAGUGAUUUUCACUCCUCAGAUGCUGGACUUGGUAAUUUCUGAAUGAAUUGUCACAUUGUUGAAGGCCUUGCCUUCUCCUACCAAGGUCCUCUCCGGAAUCCCACCUAAACAUCUCCAACUCCUGACUUCCCCGUCCAUGCUUUCGGUCAGCUGUCCUUGUGUCCCCCUGUGGCCCAGUGUCAGGUAUUUGCCUCCUCUUCUCAUGAGAUGACCCU